AUGGCUACAAUACAUGUAGACGAGUCUGCGGGCUCCGAUGAAUCUGGCAAGGGCACUCCGGAACUGCCUUACCAGACACUUGCCUUCGCUAUUUUCACUCAUGGCGCAUCUCCAAUUUUGAGUCGCAAGGAUCCGUCGGGUACCUACGAAGAACCUACACAAUCCGCUUUGAAAAAGGCGAAGAAGGGGGCGGAUGGUCUCGAGAAGAAGCGCGAGAGGGCCGAGCGGGAGGCGAAGGAGAAGGCGGAAGAGCGACAACGUCGCGAAAGGGUGCUCGAAGAGAGUAAGAAGGUAGUUCUUACAGAGGAUAGUAGCUUGCCCGCAGCGACCAAGGCUAAGAUCGGUAACCUCACUCCCUUGAGAUCCAAGCGCAUCCGUGUCUCGGGAUGGGUACACCGCCUCCGUGUACAGAAAGACCUCAUAUUUGUCGUCCUGCGCGACGGCACGGGCUAUCUACAGUGUGUCUUCUCUGGUCGCGUGGCUCAAACGUAUGAAGCGCUUACGUUGACACUUGAGUCGACUGUUGAGCUCGUGGGUACUCUCCACCCAGUUCCGGACGGAAAGACCGCUCCAGGUGGCCAUGAACUGACUGUUGACUACUGGAAAGUAAUCGGUGCUGCUCCAGGUGGUGAAGAUGCCUUUACCAACAGAUUGAACGAGAAAUCAGAUCCCUCUAUCCAGGCGGACCUCAGACAUCUCGUUAUCCGUGGAGAGACAGCGUCUGCUGUCCUCAAGCUCCGGGCAGCCCUUCUUACCUCAUUUCGAGCAUCCCUUACGAAGCGUGAUCUUCUAGAGGUUACGCCGCCGUGCAUGGUGCAGACGCAAGUGGAGGGUGGAGCGACAUUGUUUAAGUUUGACUACUAUGGUCAACCAGCAUUCCUCACGCAAAGUUCCCAGUUGUACUUGGAGACGUGUCUUCCGUCUCUGGGCGAUGUAUUCUGUGUACAGGAGAGCUUUAGAGCAGAAAACAGCCACACUCGCCGUCAUCUGAGCGAAUAUACCCAUCUAGAAGCUGAGCUCGCAUUCAUCACUUUCAACGAUCUUAUGGAUCACAUAGAGGGUGUUAUCUGCGAUACCGUAGACAUCCUCCUAGAGUCCCCUAGCUCCGCUGCGCUCAUCAAGCAACUCAACCCCAACUUCACCAAGCCUGCGCGGCCAUUCCGCCGCCUCUCAUAUGUCGACGCUAUCAAAUGGCUCAACGAACACGGGAUCCAGCACGAGGCCGAGGACACGGAGGGCAACGUCAUUAAGGACGAGCAGGGUAACGCGAAGAUGGUGGAGCACGCCGUUGGCGAUGACAUCGCCGAAGCUGCUGAGAGGAGGAUGACAGAUAUCCUGGGCACGCCGGUCUUCUUGUAUGGGUUCCCCGCGGAACUCAAGGCCUUCUAUAUGAAGAAGAUCCCCGGGGAAGGCUCUGGAGAGCAUGUGUUCACAGAGAGUUGUGAUUUGCUCAUGCCUGGUGUGGGCGAGAUUGUUGGUGGUUCCAUGAGGAUAGCUGACAUGGAAGAGCUCCUAGCCGCCUACAAGCGAGAAGGUAUCGAACCUUCUCCAUACUACUGGUUCACCGACCAGCGUAAAUAUGGCACCUCCGAACAUGGUGGCUAUGGCUUGGGUGUGGAGUUUCUCCUGGGCUCUCUUGCACUUUUACACCCUCCAUCACGGGCGUACAUCGACCCAUGGACCGGAGACCUGUUCGGAGAAGGUGGCGUUGAGAAGGAUCCCCACAUCUACCCUGCGUCGCAUGCUGAAGGCGUCCACGGUGGUGUCAUUAUGUCGAAGUUGGGGAACGCUACAGCUAAGGCUCAAUUGGGCAGAGCAACGUGGAAGUUGCUGCAUACCAUGACGCUGCGUUUUCCCGAAAAUCCAAGCCAGGAUGAGAGAGAUGCGUUCAACAGUUAUUUUCAUCUGUUAUCUCGACUGUACCCUUGUGGAGAAUGUGCCAUUGAAUUCAAGGCACUCUUGAAGAAAUUCCCGCCACAGACUUCAUCUCGAAGGGCGGCAGCUACCUGGUUAUGUUUCGUGCAUAAUCAAGUGAACGCUCGGCUGCACAAGCCCGAGUUUGACUGCGCCGACUUGGACGCGACUUACGACUGCGGCUGCGGUGACGCGCCUGUGGGAGCAGUGACCGCAGCGGUACAUGACCCCAUGGAUUUGGAAGACGAUGCCAGCAAGGAUCGCAUUACGGGUGUGGAGAUGAUCAAGGGUGGAAAAUAG